UGACAUCGGUGCAGCAUCGUUCGACUCCGGCUGCGAACCGUUUUCCGUGUGUCGUCAGUUCCGUGAACGUAGCGUACCCUCGGUGGAAAAAUAAGGUAGAGGAUUAGAAGGACGGGAUCCUCUGCUUAGUCGAUGCCAGUCGGUUCCCCUGGUCUUGUAAAAAUAUCCAUGAGCGAGAGCACACGAUCGUUGCGUGGUAUUUCUUCAUUUGGAUUGGAUAUUUGGAAUUGAUCACGUCUAAGGAAGGCACUAAGUGGGAUGCACUUAGCCUGUUAUUAGCUUGCAGCGGUAGCCAUCCGAACACCUUACACCAGGACCAACCCCUCGGUCUACGAUGACAGACGGCAUCAUGAGCAAGGCAGCCACCAUGGAGAUCCCCAUCAACAGCAACGGAGACACGGGGACGUUACCCGAGGAUGACAGCCUUGAACAGGCUGCUAAGCUCCAGUGGAGCUUAGAUGAGAAGGUAGGAUACUCCAGAGACACCAGGGACCUGCAGCAGGUCAUGGUGUCGGGGCCCAAUCUCAAUGAAACCAGCAUCGUUUCCGGGGGUUAUGGCGGUACAGCCGAGGGCAUCAUUCCCACCAGCUCCAUCAAAGACCUGCGUAUGAAGUCCAGGCGCGGUAGUGUGCCACCGAGCUACGCCACUGCGCGACACUUAGCGCACCAAUCAUAUGAAUACCAAGGCUCCGGGGGAUCCAACAUCAACCACAGCGCAAGCAGCUCGUCGCUGGCAGACGACGCCAACCGCGGCGUGGCCGUGGAGAAACUGGAGUACGUCAAGAAAUGGGGCCUCAACACCUACAAGUGCACCAAGCAGAUGAUCUCGGAGCGCUUCGGGCGGGGCUCGCGUACCGUGGACCUGGAGCUGGAGGCGCAGAUCGAGGUGCUGCGGGACACCAAGAGGAAGUACGAGAACAUGCUGCGGCUGGCCCGGGCGCUGACCAACCACUUCUACAGCAUGGUGCAGACGCAGCACGCGCUGGGCGACACCUUCGCCGACCUCAGCCAGAAGUCCCCGGAGCUGCGGGACGAGUUUGGCUACAACGCGGAGACCCAGAAGCUGCUGUGCAAGAACGGGGAGACUCUCCUGGGGGCGGUCAACUUCUUCGUGUCCAGCAUCAACACGCUGGUCAACAAGACCAUGGAGGACACCCUGCAGACCAUCAAGCUGUACGAGAACGCCAGGCUGGAGUUCGACGCGUACCGGGCUGACCUGGAGGAGCUGAGCCUGGGCCCGCGGGACGCCGUGACCAUGGCCCGCAUCGACGCCGCCCAGCUGCAGUUCCAGGUCCACAAGGACAAGUACGAGCAGCUGCGCGCCGACGUCACCAUCAAACUCAAGUUCCUGGAGGAGAACAAGGUCAAGGUGAUGCACAAGCAGCUCCUCCUCUUCCACAACGCCAUCUCCGCCUAUUUCGCCGGCAACCAGCAGCAGCUGGAGCAGACGCUGCAGCAGUUCAACAUCAAGCUGAAGCCGCCUGGCUCCGACAAGCCCUCCUGGCUGGAGGAGCAGUGAGGUGGGGGGCGGAGGAGAGACCCCGCCCAACUCCCCUCCCCACCUCCCCCACCCCACUCUCCCGUCACUUGCUCCUUAUAGUCACCCUCCUCCUCCUCCUCCUCCUCCUCCUCCUCUUCCUCACAGUGGAGCACAGAGGAGAGCUGGGCCCUGGGGACAUAAUGGCAGGCCUGACGUGUGCAGAUAGGAUGCACGCAGACGGCCCUGCGGACAGGACGUGAAGGUGGCAGGAUAGAUGUAACUAUACGUAGAUGUAUAACGAACGGGCGCAAGGAAGCCCUCCCAGACCCGUUUCUAGGACCGAAUCCCGUGGUUUUGAGUGCCUCUCUUCCCUCCUCCUUUCUCCGCUCACUCCAUCGCCUCUCUGUCUCUCUCCCCCCCCCCCCCCCCCCCACCCCAAUUGCCUGGUCCUAUUUGUUCCGUUGGAAAAGCCCCUCAGCACUCACUCUUCACAUUCCAGUCUGUUUUUGUCCAUCCUAUUCAUCCAUGCCCCCCCCCCAUCCCAGUUCUGUCAUUGUUGUUUCGGGCCUUUUGUGAUGAUCACAUCCCCCUGCUACUGCUGGAAACAUAUCCCUGAAGCCAAAACAAGGCGAGCCAUUCAUCCACCUAGACAUAUUUCUGGUCGGACACUCAGAAGGGCCCUCAAACAUACCCCCCCCCCCCCCCCCCCCACACACACACACACACACACACGCCGCAUGGCAUCAGAACUCUCGUCCUGGCGUUCUCGUCCUCUUGUGCCUCCCUGUGCGGAGCGUGGAAGGAUUCGUACGACGAGGAAAGAAGCACUACUUUUGAUUUCUGCCUGCAGACACCGAAGAGGAAAUAUUUUCCGUAAAACAGAACCUUGAGACCUUUCAAACGAAGAAGAAGAAGUGUGUACAGCUCGGGUCAAGUGCUGUUUUUACGUGGAAAGAAAAGGGGUUGAUGUUAUUGUUUGCGAACGGACACACACACGGCAGUGGUGUUGUCGAGCCCCGCUUCUCCUCAGUUUUGAACGUCAUCUUUUUUUAUAUUUGCCGGGGUAACUUUCAGUACCACUCGACUGCGUCCUGUGCUUCAGAACGUGGUACCAAUGUAUGCUGACAACUACCUGUGCUCUAGUGCUGUGAUGUGAUGAUGACACUACGGGCUUGUAAAUGAGAACAGUAAUCGUAUGCGCAAAUCCAUUUACUAACUGCUGCCACACAGUUCCCAAACUUUCACAGUUUGGGAGUGUUAUGCAUAAUAUAUUUUUCUUUUUUUUCCUUUUAAUAUUAUUUCCCAAAUUUGUUGAGAAUGACUUGAUCGAGCAGUAUAGCUGGUAAAAAAAAACAACACCAGCAUCUGAUCAGUCAGUUCUAAAGAAUAACUGUAUGCUCGAAUCAGAGUAUGGCAAUAGCACCAUCUCUGGUGAAACAAGUUAUUGUGGACAUUCUGGCUGAGCCCAAACGAUGUAAUGUAAUAUAUAUAUAUGAUGGAAAGGAACUUGGAGGAAACUGAAAAUCAUAACAUGUUUAGGUGCCCGUCCUGUGGCUUUAGUUUAGAGUUCAGACCUUUGUUUGAGACAAAACACUCCAGUUAGUGUUCGUAAAGAUUAAACAAACUGCAUAUUCUAACUUCAUUACAAUACAACUUAGUUGUUAGGGAUUUACGGCAGUGUGCUCAUGACACCAAUCACAGCGUAAGUCAAGACACAUACAUAGACACAAGACACUAACAUAAAGAAACAUCUAAACCAUAACCCUGACAUUGACCAUUGACCAUUACUUCAUGGAUGUAAGAUAUUGAUAGUCCAAGAGGAAAGUCUCGGUAGAAAGCCUAAUGUAAAGGAAGUUACACACACACACAUUGUAAAACAGCAUACGUUUCUAUGCAUGGAAAUUUCAUGGAUUUAGAAAAUGUAUUAAAUCAAAAAAAUCCUGUUUCUGGUUCAUGCAGGAUAGUUUGGUGAUUAGGGAUACAUGGUGUAAAGCCAUAAUUAUUUAUCAUUCAUCAUAGUUAAUUAAUUAAUAGACAAGCUACCUUAACAUUUGUGUCCACAGUAAAAAAAAGUGAUAGGAGAAUUUAAACUAUUAUGAAGAUGUAGUCUAAAGGGUUAAAAUGUAUGAAUUAUCUUUGAACUACCUAGAAGCCCUGUUUUAAGGGGUUGUCUACAAAUUCAGAAGCAAAUAUAGGACUCUAUUUUAUUGUACUUUCAAUGUUUGUGUUUUACUUAUAGCUUUCAGCUGUUUUGUCUCCGUGACAACUUCUUUCCCGUGUCUUAUAUUUGACAAGCAAGACAAGAGCUGUUGUCCAGAUAAACAUACUAAAGCGUAGUUACCUUCAACACAGCUAUGAUAGGCAGGCUAUUGUUGCUAAUUGUAAUAUUUUUCUAUUGUUAUUAUUGGGACUUCAGAGUUCUGAUUCAGAACACUAAUAACUCAUGGACUGUUUGUUUGCUGUGUUGCUCCUCCACUACAAUCUCCUCAUGCACACUCGGAUGACAGUGAAGAGAUCUCAAAUGAUACCACUGGAGUGUGUGUUUACCAAAAUGUGUUUGUAUUUUCCCCCCUUUAUCAUUAUAUUUCAUCAGAGUUAAAUCAAAAUGGUGUCCGGGGCUAAUUUCUGCAUUUAAAAUGUUGCAGUAAAACCGGUGUAACGAACAUUAACUGUGCAUUCAUAGGUAGACUAGGGUACCAUUUAGUCUAGUAUUUGCCAAGUAUAAUAAACGUCUCUCGAGUUGAUGGUUCAACCCAGCCUGGAGCUAUAUAUAUCACACGGUAGACUUUCAACUGCCCUGCAUCGAUGCACGACAGUGACCACGCUCCUCCGGCCGGUCUCGUGUUUAUUUGCAUGCAGGCCGUGAUAACACCAAGUAUAGAGUUUUGUAUGGUCAAAAACGGACGCGGCGUUCUGCCAAGUGUGCAUGGACGGCUUGGACGCAGAGGGCCCCGCCGCCCUGCUUUUGACUUUCGGUUUUAUGUUGAAUGUGAAAGAAGAAAAGACUGGAACAAAAACAGUUUUCAGUUAAUUUCCCAUUAAGACACACACAUUAACGUGUGUGUCACCGUAGGGGAAGACGUGCUGGCUCCUUGCUAGCUCCCUUGUAAAUGCUGACGUUAUUGCAAUGUACACCUUACACGGCUCAUACGGCUCAUGUGAAGUCUAGUUGUCGACGGCCCCACCCCCCAGGCCUGUAUAACUUGUGUACUUGUACACAGCAAUAUUUAUUGGAUAAAAUUGUGUUUAUUCUCACCACCACACAUUCUCCAAUGUCACCCCCCCCCCCCUCCUCAAAAUGUCCGAAGGAAACGGCCAGAAUCGGAACCCUUAUCGAUUUUAAAAUGUUGCCUAUGAAAACAUGUAUAUUAUGGAAAUAUGGAACUCUUAAAGUGAGGUUUUAUCUGUGGACAAUCAAUAUUUUCUAUUCUAUAGUAACGUAUGGAUGACUGUACAUAAUGGUGUUUCAGAGGAAAAAGAUGAAAGUCGCGUAUCAUGGAUCGAUGUGAGUUUUUUUGCCUUUAUUCCACUGAAACCUGACUCUUCCCAAAGGAAAACAAAUAAAGUACAUGUUUUAAAA